AUUAGUAGUUAAUUCCUAUGCAGUUUGCACAAGUGUUAUAAGUGAAAAUGAAGGCGUCUGUUGUUUUUCUUUUUGCUGUUGUCUUGUCAUGCAUCGCCUAUGCGAUGUCUGCGACCAAAUACACGACCAAAUACGACAACAUCGACCUGGACGAGAUCCUGAAGAGCGAUCGCCUCCUGGGAAAUUAUGUUAAAUGCUUGAUGGAGGAAGGAAAAUGUACUCCUGAUGGAGCUGAAUUAAAAAAGGUUCUACCCGAUGCCCUUAAACACAAGUGUGACGGUUGCAGUGAUAAGCAAAAGCAAGGUAGCAAAAAAGUGGUUAAUUUCUUGAUUAAGAAUAAACAGGAUUGGUGGAAAAAAUUGGAAAAGAAGUAUGAUCCCGAAGGUCAAUAUGUUAAAGAUUACAAAGAUGAACUAGAAAAGGAAGGAAUUAAAUUGUAAUUUGUCAAAUGCUGAAACUAUUUCCAUCUAAAACUCGAAAAUUAGUAAUACCAAACACUGUUAAGCAUUUGCAUCAUGCAGAAUUUUUUUGCGCAACGUUUAAAAAAAAACGUAAACGUAGUACUUGUUCUUCAUAGAUUGAGAUGAAAAAAGUGAGUUUUCUUGCCAUUUAAUAUUAAAAUGUAAAUGACAUACAAUUUCUUCAAUAAAAUUAGUAGUUACAGUAGUUAAAAGCAACUAAUUUGUAAACAAUAUCUGCUGUUAAAUAUAUUUAACAACUUUGAA